CACAUUUAUAUUAUUUUGUACUUUUGUACAAAUUUUGGGGAUUUUGUAGAAACCCGACUUGCUUUUAGUGGUUUGACAUUCGUUUAAAUUUAAAGUUUCAACAAAAAAACAAACAUAAGUUUUUUGUUCCAUAUUGUUUAUCUUUGGUUAUCAGUUAAUUUUUCAGCCGGUUUUUCUUUGUAUACUUUGUAAAAUCUAGUCUGUAUUAACGUUUUCAGAAGAGUACCAAGAAAAAUGUCUGCACCCACUCCAGGUACCUUAGAGGAACAGGCAUCUAAGAGAAGGGAAAGGCUCUUAGCCCUUAAACGAAAACGAGAGGGUAAAAGUGACUCAACUGAACCAAGUUCCAAACAUCAAGAGACUGAAGACGAUUUGCUUCCAAAACCUAUAUUUAGAAGCUACAAGCCACUUGAUGAAAAACUUAAAGAUAAUGCCUUGUUAGAAAUUAAACCAGAUGAUGUCAUUGAACAAGUUAAAGAACAAUUAGAGUCGGCCAAAUCCCAAAUAGUAAUGGAUCAACUUGAUGUGACCUCUUUAGCACCAAGGAAGCCCGAUUGGGACCUGAAACGAGACACAACAAAGAAAUUAGAGAAACUAGAACGCCAGACCCAAAAAGCUAUUGCGGAACUGAUUAGGGAAAGACUUAAGGAAAGAAAAGAAGAUUUAGCGAUGAUGGUGAAUGCAGGAGCGACAAACUUUGAAAGAGAACAAUAGUUUUGGUGACUUUGGCUAUAAGUUGCCCAUAAAUGUAGAUAACAUAUUAGCUGCUGAAGAAGAGGAGCGGUUGGAGAACUUAAGAGCAGCAAAUUGGGAGACGUCAGCUAAGGGAAGAAAGUAAUCCUUUCUCUAUCGGGGACACACGAUUUAAACGGCUAUUUAGAAUAAACAAUAAAAUAAUAUGAUAAAUUAACAUAAUAAAUAUAUUAAAAUUUAGAUUUA